CUUAUCCUUAUCCCUUUGUUAUUGUAAGUGGGCAUAUUUUACUGCUUAGCGACAUUCGCACGAAGGACACAUUAAGGUCCACAAUACGUUACCAGAAUGGCGGACUCUGAAGCAAGGAAGAAGGCCAUGCAAGCGGUGCAGACAUUUCUCGAUGUCUACCGAGGGUUAAUGAAGGAGAAUGAUUUCAAAGGAUACGACCGCCAGUUGAUGCAUGAUUUGCGACUGAUCGAUGCUGAACCCACGGGCGGCGCGUUAUGGGAAAUGGAUGUCACCGAGCACUGGGUGAAUAUGAAUGGAGUCAUGCAUGGAGGAGCAUAUGCGGUGAUAUUUGAUAUGUGCACAGCGAUAGCCAUGAAUCCAAUAGCGAGAGAUGGGUUUCUCGCUGGCGUCACCCGUUCCCUGAACAUUUCUUAUCUCAGAGCUAUACCUAUCGGGACAACGGUACGAAUUCGUGCAAAUGUGCUUCAACAUGGAAAAACAAUGACGCUGCUUCGAGGUGUCAUGGAAUCUGUUGAUGGCAAGACAAUUUAUGCCACAGCAGAGCAUCAUAAAGUCGCAGUAGACGCAAAACCUCAGCACGCAAACCGGUUAAGGAAUUACCGAGCACAAAUGCAGAACGAGCCGAGUGGGAAGUUAUGAUUGCGAUCAGUGCUCUUCAAGAACAUAUAUAUAGACACAUACCCACGGCAUGAGCUGUGACCUUAGAGAAAAGACUUGUACCUUUUGGUCACUAUAAUUGGAAAUUAUCCGCACGA